GCCCUGGAACGCUGCAGGUGACCCGUGGGACCGCCUCCCCUCGGGCGCAGCCAGUUGUUCCCAGGCACACACUGAGGCUGUGGUCCUUAGACGAGGAUGACCACACACCCUUGACUGUGGAUGCCUCUGCGAUGGCACCCACCAGCCUGGCCAGCCCCUCUCCCCGGGACAGCCUCCUGCCGAUUCACACCUGAUCGGCUGGUGGGCAACGCUAGGAAACUGACCCGGGAAGUUCUCUGAGCCGCUUCAGGACUUGCUCCCGCUGGGAGAGAAGGGCGGUUCGUACUGGCCUAAGAAAUCGGGAGGUGGUGCCAGGGCUGGGGUGCCUCCAGCAACUGACUGCCCACAGCAGAGCCCCCGACAGUCUGGGCACCUCUGCACCCUCCAUCCAGGACCAAGCACUCAGGAUUUCACUCUAUACCAGGGGAAACCGUGAAGCCCAGGAUGAUCCUGUCUAAUUCCACGGCCGCGCUGCCCUUUUUGACCACGCUGUGGCAGGAGACGGCCGAGCAGGACGGCGACGUGUCAAGCCUGGCUCGCAGGUCUCAGCUCCGCGAUGACAGCAAGCUGGAAGCGCUCUACAUCCUCAUGGUGCUGGGCUUCUUCGGCUUCUUCACCCUGGGCAUCAUGCUGAGCUACAUCCGAUCCAAGAAGCUGGAGCACUCACAUGACCCAUUCAAUAUGUACAUCGAGUCAGAUGCCUGGCAGGAGAAAGACAAGGCGUUCUUCCAGGCCCGCGUUCUGGAGAGCUGCAGAGCAUGCUACGUCAUUGAAAACCAGGCGGCUGUGGAGCAGCCUGCCUCACACCUUCCCGAACCCCACGGCUAGUGAGGAGUAGACAAGCCCCACAUGGGACAGCCCUUCUAGUCACACGCAUGUCAUAGCCUUUACUGUAGGAAUGCCAUUGGAGUUUUUGCUAGUGAACGAUUGAGGGAUGAAUUAAUAACACACGUUUUCUAAAAUCACAUUCCUUCUAUAAUAGAUGAUCAAUUUAUUCUGCAGCACCUACCCUUGUUUGUUUGUUUGUUUGUUUGUUUUUAUCUAGCAGAGUCCCCAACAAUGGGGCCUCUGAGAAUGCAAGCCAAGUUUCCCCAAAUCUCUCGACGUUAGCAGGGUCACACGACAAAGUUCUGGUCAGAAGAUACGGACAUGGUGAGUCCAGUUUGUAAGUAGCCUUUGAAGAGGGAAGGGUGUGCCCUUCAUCUUAAGGACACUGGUCCACUCGAGCAGCUCUGACAGGAACGGCAAUCCCUCGGGUGAUGCAGAUGGAGCAGACCCCUCCCCUCCCUGCACUGCCCGCCUGUCAGGGUCUUAGAAAGAGCUUUGUCCCACAGCCCCUGCAGCCACUGCUUAUCUCAGUCUCCGCUAAAGUCACAGAAUCAGUAUCCAAACCCAGUGGCCCCUCUGUCCUCGUCCCUCUGUUCACAACUGUGGCUCUAUCAUCCUGCCCUCCUGUCUACCACUCCUCCCUUAACAUUCCUUACACACACACACACACACACACACACACACACACACACACCCCUCACAGUUCAAUCUGGAUGGAAAUUGCUUCUUAUAUAUAGGGCUGGAACACAGUAGAAAAAGGGCCUCUUCAGAACAGACACCAUGGACAAGGUGCACAGUUAUCACUGGAGGGAAAAUGGCCACCCACCAUCCCAAAGGGCCGGGGGAAGGUGUAUACAUGGGCAUUGGCAGCACAUGGGACUGAUGUGGCAGGGUCCUUGAGGUGACAGGUUUGACUUGGAUGAAUUAUGUUCCUAAAUUGAGGUUCCAACCCUCAGUACUAGUGAAAGAUACCUUGUUUGGAAACAGAGUCUUCACCCACCAUCAGGUUCCAGUGAACGGUUGAAGCGGGUCCUAACUCUGGUAGGACUCAUGCCCUUCUAAGAAGAGCGAUGCUUGACACAAGAAUGCUACGAGAUGCCAGAGACAGAGGUCGGAGGACGAAGACAAAAGCCAAAGCGCUAAAGAUGGAUGGCCACUGGACUCGGGACAGAAACGAGGAGCAAUUCUCCUUGCGCGUUUUCAAGGACACGAGGCCCUCCCAAGCCUUCGUCUCAGACUCUGGCCUUGAGAACACAGGACAAUGCCCGUCUGUUGCUUGAGGACACUUUGAUAAGACAGUCUAGCCAGCUAGGGCAGUAUCGGCUGCCCCUCCCCCUCGGACAGACGGAACUGUGGGACUGGAGUGGAGAGGGGUGGCCCCAGAGCCGCUGUUCACAGCAGACAGACACAGACAUCUCAGCCCCCGGCAUGGGGAAGCAGCGCCCUGGGUGCCAGCCUUCUCCAGCUACCACCUGCGAUACGAGGACCUUUAGUACCAUGGCACCUUGAAAGCUCACCUGCUGGCACUCCUGGAGAGUGUGAAACACUUCGGGGAGACACAAGUUCUGGAAAACUGAACGCCGGGCCGGCAAGACGGCUUGGUAUAGAGGCGACCUGGGUCUGCUCCCUAGAACCCACGGUGGAAGGAAAGGACAGACCGCAGAAAGUCGUCCUCUGACCUCCACGUGAUGUAUAGUGCAUACACACAGACACAGACAGACACACGCGUGCACACACACACAACCAUACACAUGUAAAACAAUAAUAAAGAUUUAAUCCACAAUCUAAUGAAAAGCACCCCCCACACGGCACUGACUGUGCUCCAGUAGACACAUUUAGCUCUGUCUGAUUGGAUGAUUAUAGCCCUCAUUUCCCAAUAAGCAGUGAUUCCCGUGUGUGUGCGUGGGAGGAGGGGGCAUCUCCACAUCAGAACCCUGAUGUGGGUUAGCCUCUGAAUUGCCACUGUCUUUGAAUAAUUAUUUGGGCCCCAGGAUCCUUUGAAUUCCAAUGAAUGCUCAACUCCUUCCCACCCCAAGACGCUCAGGGGCGCUCUCCCUGCUGUCCUGAGGGUUCAGAGCCCCUGGAAUCCAGCUGUGGCUGCUGCAUCCAUGGUCCCUGUGUGAGCCAAACUCUGCUCCAAACAGAUUCCUGUUGCCCAGGCUGGAGGGAAGGUUUGGAGAGCGACUCAGAGACCUUGUGACUUGUGACACAGUGACAUUGAUAUUCCUGGCAUACAGACCUCCUGUCUCCACAGGAAUUCCUGUGCCUUUUAAGGCAGGGAAAUCCCCAGGCCUUGGUGUUAUCUGCCCUUGGACAACUGGGCCUCACAUGCACUGCCCAACUGCAGACUCCUUAUCUCUUCUGGCCCCUUUCUUUAAAAGGCAGAAGGGAAGAGGCAAGUAAGAAAUGACCUGAACCUCCAAAUGUCACCUGCCUGUGUGGCUGUAACCUCCGACUGCACACAUCAGAGAGAGGGGCAGUGUUGUGCCAGGGACCAUUCUCAGCUCUUUGUAGAUUCUCAGUCCGUAUUCUGCACAUGCUAUUUUUGUUAGGACGGUGCCUUUUGCUGUAUUAACAUUUUUUAAUUAAAGCUUUUUAAACA